CAAAUAUUUCCCAGAUGAUCAUAUCUAGACAUUUGGAUUUCUACUCUACUCAUUUCUGCCCGAUUUAAAUAUAAUGUAUUCUGAUUUGCCCGACCAUCGUUACCAAGUUUUCCAGAAGACCCUGCUUGAGCAUGAGUACCAUCAUGAGGAUGCUUUUGUCUCUGCCAGCCUUUCACGUCUUCAUCAUGGCGUCUACGAUCUCGACAAACUAAAUCUCGAUGGACCUCAGCCAUACAAUGUCACUUUUGUAGCUAUAACUUUUGUCUUUCACCCCAUGCACUCUGUUGAGCGUAGAUUUAAAAGAGCUCAAAUAAGCAUUCAGGCUUUUAAAACCACAGGGGAAAAGGUUACCGAUCAACCGCUGAGGAUUAUCAAAUUUGCUCCACAUAUUGCAUUUGGUCGCUAUUCGACGGAGAAUUUACAUUGGAAUUUUUCCUUGGGUAAGUAAUUAACUUUUACUUCAAAUGCACCAGGAACGAAAAGCUUUGGUUGAGAGCCUUGAGUCUGGGGCAGGGUUUCCGAUAGUUCGGACUGCAUUUCAGAUCCGAAACUCAUGAACUUGUGAGUAUAAAUGAGUAUUCUGGGCGAAUUUAGUGCUUCAAUCAGUUCCAGAUUUCAAACCGGCUCAGUGAUAGGCUGAGGAAUCAAUAAUCCAUCAUUGGAGAAUGACAGCAGCCCAGACUAUUGAAAAGUCGGGAUUAGCUCGUCUAAUAAUGUUUCUAACUUCACUAUCAGGAGCCAUCCUAGGGGUCUCUUUACCGACCACCGCAGCUGUCACUCCCUCGACUGAGUACGAUAAAUCAAAGGUCAUCGGCAGCACGUUAAAGAUACAAGGUUCAACUCGAUCUGCUAAAGGCAUCGAGAGCAGCAAGCUUGUUUGGUCGCUCGAAGAGAACGAACAACAGGCUACCGGACUUCCCCGAGAAUUCACCUUCGUCUUCUUGAUCGAACAGCCAGUCGCUAAAGCACCAUUCGCCUUGGAAAUUGGAAUUAAGCCUGUCUUUUCACAUAGUGUCGAGACAAGUAUCUUUGGCGAUGAGAUCAGUCAGAAGUCUGACAUACUAUCCGAUGAAGUUGGACAAACGUAGGUUACUUCUUAUUUGAGAUCAUUGAAACGAUGACUUGAGUGCCAGAUUCUCUCUCUUCGACUGGUGUUAAAAUUUGCGGCAGGUUUUCUAGCAGUCCACAUGCAUUCAAUUUCGCUACCAUGCUCGGAUCAUUCGAACAUUUAGUAGAGCUGCCAGGAAGUGCCUCGACCAUUCAGGUAAGGGUAUUUACUAUGGACGGGGCAUAUUGUUGACAUUGUUUUAGGACUACGUUGCCACUGAAUCUGGUAUUCACAUUAAUAUUCCGGAGUCCUCAGAGUAACUAAGACACAUUAUUUCAACAGCUACUAAAUACAAUGAUGAAUAUUCCACGUUUCAGUCUUUGCAAUUUUUCUCGCUGGCCACGCGAUAACUUUCUUUCGUAUUUAAAUAUCUGUUGUCCAUAUUGAUAAAAUCUAACAGCAGACAAACAUUCAACUGCUGGACUAAGCUAGAGCUGGAGGUGGUAUGGC